AUGCUCGGAGAUCCUGACACCUCAAAGCCUCAUCACAGCACAUCACCUUGGUGGAGGAGAAGGCGAGCGUGCUUAAUAGAAUGCAAGGCGGCAGAUGUGUUGCAGUUGGAGUCUGUGUUAAUUAGCGUUAGCUGUGAGCCUGUGGCCUCGUCAGGGCUGGACAGGACAGGGGGGGUGGGAGGUGUGGGAUGUGCCGGGCGCCCGGGGCUCUGCUCUGAUACGAAGCCCAAGCCCGCUGUGGCAAAGCAUCUGGACCCUCGGCACAAGGCCAGGGCCACUUUCUCACUUUCUCAUGUUGGUAGCUGA